UGGACAUGUUGCGCUCUGUCUCCUGUGGUUUUGCAGAUGUCUCUUCCUCUUCCUGCCCCAGCUCUGGGGUUUUCCUGGGUGAUUUUCACCCUGUAUUUCAUCUUCUAAUCUUUCGAGAUGUUUCCUUUAUGUCAUUCGCUGCUCAGGUCCCCAGAUACCAAAACCACACAAGGAAGGUGACAGCAGAGGGGGAGGGGACUGCCGAGAGAGAGAGAGAGACUGCCAUGAACAUCAGAGAGACAGACAUGCAGCCAGACUCUGACAGCAAUGAGCUCGGCUACGACAGCUCCCCCUCCAGCAGCAUGCAGGAUUCUUCUGAUGAUAUGAAGAAAGUUCAGAGACGGGAGAAGAAUCGCAUCGCAGCACAAAAAAGUCGCCAGCGUCAAACACAGAAGGCGGAUACCUUACAUGUGGAGAGUGAGGACCUGGAGCGGCUGAAUGCGGCGCUGCGCAGGGAGAUUCGCUGUCUACGUGAGGAGCUGAAGUAUCUGACGUGUGUCCUGAGUGGUCACCAGACUGUGUGUCCCCUGGGGCCCCCCAAACAUCCAGAGUUCCCAUCACUGCCCUCCCCGCACAACACCGAGUAAAUAAAGAGCAUA